CCUUUCGUCCUUUCUCCAGAGCGACAUCAUGUGACACCAGCGUGAUAACCAUUGAGACUCACGUGCACGUUGCAAAGGUCAAUUCAAGUGCGGCGCGCGCAGCUAGCCAAAGAGUUCCAUCUUGGAGAGGAGUUCAGUGGCAGGGCAAGUCUCACUUUCUAGGCAUUUUAUCACGUUGCGAAGCCGGCGAGAAGACAGCUGACAUGACAACUUACUGGAGAAACGCCGGACUCAAUUACCUACAAUAUUCUUCCAUCUGUGCUCGACUUCUGCGGAGGGCACUGAAGCCUGAUCUUCGUGCAGCUGCUCUACUGCGGGAAGAGAGCACUCUCAAACUGACGAGAUGGAAGGCCGGCAAGCCAGAACCAGCUGAGUCUCUGAUAGGAAAAGCACAGUGAGCGGACAGAGGCUGUCUGGAGCACACUGUUGAACUGCUUGUUUACCAUCAGCUAUAGCUUCUCUGUACCAUUCUCCCAAGUUAUAGGAUUUGUUAUCAGUCACUCAAUAUACAGAACUCCUUAUCCGUGUUUAGUGGUUAUCAUAAUGCAUGUGUGUUAUGGAAUGAAAAACAAGUGAGGGUCCCUCUCGUACAGUCUAAUGAUGUGCUCUUCUGCCAACUUGCACAGUGUGGGGUCCUUUAUGUUGAGACUGACGAAACACUGACAUCCAGUUCUUUUGGCUGAAAGCAUAAUGCCACAAUGGAUACAGUAUAGCAUAGAAGAAAGAUACUGUACCUAGUCGUUUUGAAAGGCUACUGGAUGCAGCAUUUAUUGAAUCUCCAAGCAAGUUGGUACUUACAGGAUCAGAUUCCUGCAACGAGAGAGAAAUGUGCGAUAGCUAGGUAGAUGGGAAAAACAUACAAAUCUAGUGUUCAUGGCGACCGAAAGAGUAGAAAAUGAACCAUCAACUCCUGCCCAUAGUAGAAAGCUACGCUUCAUGCACAAUAUGUAGAAUUCCACUUUUUGUCCUGCGAAAACCUCCGAGAAGGUUCUCACUCGCACCUCGCUCUCCAUCUGAUGCGCACCCGAAUUCUAUUUGCAGCGCACCCACGUGUCGUCAAAGAUGUCUUCUGGCAAAGAGAGCUCGACUAAACGCGUCAGGAACGACUACGAAGAGGAAGAGGAGGGGAAGCCGAAGAAGAUCCCUCGGACUCUCGUCGAGAAAACUACGGAGAAGAGAUUGAUUGUCAUUCUCGAGAAAGCUUCAUUGGAAACGGUGAAGGUUGGUAGAAAGUUUGAGUUGUUGAACUGUGACGAUCACAAGAAGGAACUCUCAAAGCACGGCCGCGACAUAGCGGCUGCCAGACCAGACAUAUCUCACCAGUGUCUGAUGAUGUUGCUGGAUAGCCCUCUCAAUAGAGCUGGUCUCCUCCAGGUGUACAUUCACACCACCAAGAACGUUCUGAUUGAGAUCAACCCUCACGUCAGAAUCCCACGAACUUUCAAUCGAUUCUGUGGCCUCAUGGUUCAGCUUUUGCAUAAGCUGAGUAUCCAUGCUUCAGACGGACCAAUGAAGCUAAUGAAGGUUAUAAAGAACCCCGUGACAGACCACCUCCCGGCAGGUUGCCUCAAGAUUGGCACGUCGUACCACUCUGACACACUCGUGGACGUGAGAAAGUUUGCAAAAGACAAACCGAUUGUGUUUGUCGUGGGGAGCAAUGGCACACGGCAAGGUGUGGGUCAUAACAUGACAGUGUACAUCAGUGUGCUGUAUUUUGUGUGUUGAACUUGUCUUGUUGUGCAACUUGUCAUCAGGUUGAAGUGGAUUACACAGAGCAAGAGGUGUCCAUUAGUGGCUACCCUCUCUCUGCAGCACUGACUUGUGCAAAGAUCUGCACAGCUUUUGAAGCAGCGUGGACCAUUCAAUAGACUAUCAAUCCUAAUCUUUUGAUGUCGAUGUGACAGCAAUAAAAUGGCCACGAGCCCCCUUUUUUACAUUUCUACAAGUGACAUGGUUGGGUGGGUACAAGUGCGCGAUAGAUACAAACAAAUCAAGUAGAGUUGGUGUGUGUGCAGAAGUGCAAUGGAGAGGGGAGACGUUUAUGCGGCUUCUGCUUCUUCCUCUUCCUCCUCGUCCAUCUCUCCCUCGUCGUCGGCCGUGGCAUCUUGGUACUGCUGGUACUCUGAGACAAGGUCAUUCAUGUUGGACUCAGCCUCUGUGAACUCCAUCUCGUCCAUGCCCUCUCCGGUGUACCAGUGGAGGAAGGCCUUACGACG